UCCGCCUCUGCCCACCCGGCCCAAUCCUUUACAACUGCCCCAGGACUGCUCCUGGGCAGCCGCUGCGAGACAGACGGACACCAGGUUGCCCCUCUCUGCUCCAGCUAGAAAGACUUGAGUUAGACAAGCAGAAGCACACGCCUCCCCACCUCAUGGCGACAGAAAACGGAGCAGUGGAGCUGGGAACCCAGAGCCCAUCGACAGACAAAGCACCUAAAGAUGCAGCAGGUGAAGGACCCUCGGCUGCAGAGAAAGACCCUGGUCCCCCAGACCCAGAGAAGGACCCUGAUCCCCCAAACCCAGAGAAAGAACUUGGUCCUCCAAACCCAGAGAAAGAACUUGGUCCCCCAGACCCAGAGAAAGAACCUGAUCCACUCACCCUGAAGAAAGAUGCUGAAGCCCCGGCCCCAGAGAAAGGGGAUGGCGCCUUGGCCCAGUCCUCAGCCAGCAGCCAGGGCCCCAAGGGAGAAGCAGACCUGGGUGGGGGGCCUGCGGAGGGCAGUGCUGGGCAGCCAGCUGCUCUGCCCCAGGAGACCGCGACAGCCGACGCCAGUGUCAAGAAGCCUGAGGCCGAGCAAGGGACCCCAGGCAGCCAGGACCUUGGAGGACCCAAGGUGCACAAGAAGGCAGCAGAGGGCCAAGCAGCAGCCAGGAGGGGCUCACCCGCCUUUCUGCACAGCCCCAGCUGCCCUGCCGCCAUCUCGAGCCCUGAGAAGCUGCUAGCUGAGAAGCCCCUAGAUGAGGCAUCAGAGCUCAUCUUUGAAGGGGUGCCGGUGACCCCCGGCCCCACGGAUCCCGAGCCAGCCAAGGUAGCAGAAGGAGAGAAGAACCUCCCGGAAGGCAGCCAGAAGGAAGCAGGAGGGAAGACUCCGAGCCAGGCUGGCCAGGCUGCGGUGCAAGGGGACAGCUCGAGGGGGAUCGAGUUCCAGGCUGUCCCCCCGGAGAGGUCGGAGGUGGGGCAGGCCCUCAGUCCCACAGCCAGGGAGGAGGACUGCUUCCAGAUUUUGGAUGACUGCCCGCCACCCCCAGCCCCCUUCCCCCACCGCAUCGUGGAGCUGAGGACCGGAAACAUCAACAGUCAGUUCAGCCUGAACUCCAAGGAGGCGCUGGGCGGUGGCAAGUUUGGAGCAGUCUGUACCUGCACAGAGAAAGCCACAGGCCUCAAGUUAGCAGCCAAGGUCAUCAAGAAACAGACACCCAAAGACAAGGAAAUGGUGUUGCUUGAGAUCGAGGUUAUGAACCAGCUGAACCACCGCAACCUGAUCCAGCUCUACGCGGCCAUCGAGACCUCACACGAGAUCGUCCUCUUCAUGGAGUACAUUGAGGGCGGCGAGCUCUUCGAGAGGAUCGUGGACGAGGACUACCAGCUGACGGAGGUGGACACCAUGGUGUUUGUCCGGCAGAUCUGCGAUGGGAUCCUCUUCAUGCACAAGAUGCGGGUUCUGCACCUGGACCUCAAGCCAGAGAACAUCCUGUGUGUCAACACCACGGGCCAUUUGGUGAAGAUCAUUGACUUCGGCCUGGCACGGAGGUAUAACCCCAAAGAGAAGCUGAAAGUGAAUUUUGGGACCCCAGAGUUCCUGUCACCUGAGGUGGUGAAUUACGACCAAAUCUCUGAUAAGACAGACAUGUGGAGCCUGGGGGUCAUCACCUACAUGCUGCUGAGUGGCCUCUCCCCCUUCCUGGGAGACGAUGACACGGAGACCCUGAACAACGUUCUAUCGGGCAACUGGUAUUUUGAUGAGGAGACCUUCGAGGCCGUGUCAGAUGAGGCCAAAGACUUUGUCUCCAACCUCAUCGUCAAGGACCAGAGGGCCCGGAUGAACGCUGCCCAGUGCCUCGCCCACCCCUGGCUCAACAACCUGGCAGAGAAAGCCAAGCGCUGUAACCGACGCCUCAAGUCCCAGAUCUUGCUUAAGAAAUACCUCAUGAAGAGGCGCUGGAAGAAAAACUUCAUUGCUGUCAGCGCUGCCAAUCGCUUCAAGAAGAUCAGCAGCUCGGGGGCACUGAUGGCUCUGGGGGUCUGAGCCCCGGGAGCAGCUGGGGCCUGGACGCAGCCGCACAGUGGCCGGGGCUGAGGCCACACAGCCCAGAAGACUGGAGCAGACAGGCCAGAUCGCUGGGGCAGGCUGGCCAGGACAAGGCUGUGCCAGGCUGGGAGGCUCGGGGCUCCCACGCCCCCACGCAGCGACUGCUUCCCCGACGUGAGCCGCCUCGGAUGUGGCCUGACUCCAUCCUGCUAACGCCUCCCCAGACAGGGCUCCAGCCCAGCAGCCACAGCCCGGACGCUACGGGCCCUGCUGUUCCCG